CCUUCAUCAUGGUAUUUACCCUCCCACCAGUUUCAUCAAUCUCAGAUCUGCCUCGGGAGGAGAUCGUGCAAAUCCUGGGUCACUUAUUCGAGCCUGCUCCGGCAUUGGUGGAGUUAGUCCUCCCCGGUCUACAACAAGAUUCAUUCCCAGGUUCAUCUCUGCCCGCUGUUCAUUCACGUCUUCCGCGAGUCUGACUGGCAACCACGAACAGACUACCCCACCCUCAUCGCACACAUCCACACCAAACUCCUCUCCC